AUGUGGCAGCUGAGCAUUCUGGCGGCGCUGCUGGUGGCCCCCAGCAAUGGCGGCGGCGGCAGCGGUGGCCGCCAAUACCCUGACCCCGCCCUGAAGGAUAGCUUCGUGCAAGUCGUGGAUGGGGAGUUUGUGCUGGGCUGCAACAAGUUCCCCAUCUCAGGCUUCAACCAGUGGGAGGUGAUGGAGGCCGCCGCGGGGGCGCCGCGGCUGGCUGGGUCGCACCUGCCGCCGGGCCUGACCGGCCCCGAGCUCAUCCGCCAGCUGCUGGACAGCGCCGUGGAGGAUGGCAUGACUGUUGUGCGCGCCUGGGCCCACGGCGUGAGCAACGACUACCCCAGCCUGCUGAAGCCCAGGGAGCUCAACGAGGGGAUGCUGCGCGGGCUGGACUACUUCCUUGCCGAGGCCGGCAAGCGCGGCAUCAAGGUCAUCCUGUCCUUCACCUCCAACUGGACACCUGCAGGAGGGGUGGACACCUUUGCCAAUCUCACCGGCGGCACCCACAACGAUUUCUUCACCAGCCCCGCCACCAAGGUUCUGUUCCGGGACUACGUGGCAGCCAUCGUGGGCAGGGUGAACACCAUCACGGGGCGCCCCAACCGCGACGAUCCCGCCAUCAUGGCCUGGGACCUGAUCAAUGAGCCCGUGUGCCGAGACUGCAAGCCGGGCACCAUCGUGGCGUGGGUCAAGGAGAUGGCGGCCUCCAUCCCCUCCAACCCCGGCCACCCAGACUCUGAUUGGGCCACCCAGUGGAACCAGGACUUCAUCGCCGACCACUCCUCCGCAGGCAUAGACUUUGCCGCCAUCCACAUCUGGCCCGACCUGUGGAAGUGCCAGACCUGCUCCUCCGCCCUGCCCGUCGACUUCUUCCGCCGCUACAUCCAGCAGCACAUCAAGGACUCCGCCGCCCUGGGCAAGCCGCUGAUCAUCGAGGAGUUUGGUGCGGAGCAGAACCGAGAUGCCUAUUUCAAGGCCGCCUUCGACGAAGUGGAGACCAGCUUGAAGAGCGGAGGGCCGCUCAAGGGCGCCCUGUUCUGGCAGUACUACGCGCCUGGGCAGACCGCCAGCAAGGGCGAGGGAGGCGGGGCAGGCCGGUUUGGCAUCUACAGCACAGACUCCACUUUUGGCCUGAUCAAGAGCAACGCUGCGGCGUUACAGCAGCUGUACAGCGGCCCCGCUGUCGGGUGCAGCGAGAAGGGCCCCGCGGCCGCUGGCUCCUGCGCAGACAAAGGGUAUGAGGGACCCGACUGCAGCAUCGACAUCAACGAGUGCGUGCGGGGCACAGCCAACUGCGCCACCUCAGCCAUCUGCAUCAACUCGCAGGGCGGCUUCACCUGCGAGUGCCCUGUGGGCGCCACAGGCACCGGCUCCACAGGCUGCUCCAACGACACAACCGCAAUCAACGCCGCGCUUUCCUCCUUCCACAAUGAGCCCCAGGGGCAGGCCUGCGACAAGGGCCAGGACGUUCCCUACCCCCAGAAUGCUGUUGGGUGGGCCGAGGACCCAACCGGAGGAUUCGACCGCAACCCAGCCUUUGCGGCCGCCGAGGGCUGCGUGAGCUUCACCUUCAACGACGUGCAGCAGGGCUGCUUCCUCAAGGCCGGGCAGAACCCUCUCAACAACGAUUGCCAGCCUCCGGAGCUGACGUGCAGCAGCGUGACGGAUAUGGGCAAGAACAUCAGCCUGCCGUGCGGCACCUGGAGCACCUGGUACAGAAAGGAUGUGUGGGAUUCUGCCGUCGGAGGCGGCGGUACGGCCCGUGUGGAGUCAUUUGAGAGCAGCAAGCCCUGA